GACAACCUUAUUGGGUGUAUAAGUGUAUUAUGGGUGAGAUGUGAGAUAUAUAUGUAGUGCUUGUCGUUGAAAAACUCUACUUAAUUAGAAAUGUUGUCCUGAGAAAUAUUGUCCUGUCCGUGAUUGAAUACUAGCUCACACCAACUAAGCUAGCAGCAUCUAGCUAUCAAGUUCUUAGAGCUCUCUGGUCUUUGGACUGAAGCAAUCAAAUUAAUAUGGAAAUCCAAAAAUCCUCAGAACCAAAAGGAGAUUCAGCCAGUGGUGAGGAGCUAUUAAGAACAGGAACGGUAUGGAGUGCGACCGCUCACAUAAUUGCUGCGGUUAUCGGUGCUGGUGUUUUGUCACUGGCUUGGAGCACAUCACAACUAGGCUGGAUUGGAGGGCCUGCUGCUUUGCUCUGUUUCGCGGUGCUCACCUUCAUCUCUGUUUCCCUUUUAUCCCGAUGCUACAGGUCACCUGACCCUGUAACAGGAGCUAGACACUCUUCAUACAUGGAUGCCGUUAGAGCUCAUCUUGGAAGGAGGAGAACGUUGAUUUGUGGGUUGCUACAAUAUUUGAGCAUGUACGGAACUUGUGUUGCUUACAUAAUCACUACUUCAAAGAGCAUGAGGGCGAUUAAGAGAUCAAACUGUUACCAUAAGGAAGGGCACGAAGCUAAGUGCAGUUCAGGAAACACCAUAUUUAUGCUUUCUUUUGGAAUUAUUCAGAUAUUUAUGUCGCAAAUACCUGGUUUUCAUAACAUGGCUUGGCUAUCUGUUAUGGCUGCAAUCAUGUCUUUUGGCUAUGCCUCCAUUGGAAUCGGCCUUGGAUUUGCCAAAGUUAUUGAGAAUGGAGUUAUUAAGGGAAGCAUUACAGGAAUAGCAACACAGACCGCAGCUCAAAAGACUUGGCUGACAUUUCAAGCAUUAGGAGACAUUUCCUUUGCUUACCCAUAUACCCUUGUUGUUCUCGAAAUACAGGAUACUCUGAAGUCACCUCCAGCAGAAUACAAAACUAUGAACAAGGCCUCAUUCGCAGCAAUUGCAAUCACCACUUUCUUCUAUAUGUGUUGUGGAUGCAUAGGAUAUGCAGCUUUUGGUGAUGAUACACCAGGAAACCUCUUGACAGGUUUUGGAUUCUAUGAACCGUAUUGGCUGGUUGAUGUUGCUAAUGCGUGCAUUGUACUACAUCUGGUUGGCGGGUAUCAGAUAUACAGUCAGCCAAUCUAUGCAUAUGUUGAAAAGUGGUUUGGCCAAUAUUUCCCAAAAAGUCGGGUGUUGUCAAAACCAUACAUUCUUAAGCUUCCGUCAAUGCCAACCAUUCGAUUGAAUCUUUUCCGAUUAUGUUUCCGGACUGCAUAUGUUGUGUCAACUACAGGCAUUGCAAUUCUAUUUCCUUACUUCAAUCAAGUCUUAGGAGUGUUAGGAGCACUGACAUUUUGGCCGUUAGCCAUAUAUUUUCCAGUUGAAAUGUAUCUCGUGCAAGGGAAGAUUAGAGCCUGGACAACAAAGUGGGUGUUUCUCGAGACUCUCAGUGUGAUUUGUUUGUGUGUAUCAGUUAUGGGUUUGAUUGGGUCAGUUGAGGAAAUUAUAAGUGCAAAGCUCAAUUGAAAUUAGCAGGAGUAUGAUAGUUUGUAUAAUACUUUCAAUAAAUAAUAUAGUAGUGCAUCAAGUAUGCGUAGGAAGUUAUAACCGCAAGGUAGCCGAGUUGUGGUAUAAUAGGUGAAUCGGUGGUUUGCAGGCCAUUAACCAUAAGUUCACAAAUAAUUGUAAAUAAAUUUAUUUAUGUAUUUAUGUUUAUCUCAUGAUCUCUAAUAGACA